AUGGACACUCGACGACCCAAGGAAUAUCCAACUUCGUGGUCAGAAGACCUCGCUUCAGCACUCUACUUCUCGAGCAACUCCCGUAACAGCAACGACUUCAAUCGCUUAAAGACGUUGUCCAAAAACUCAGAAGCCUCCUUCUUAGUGGAAACCACAAAGUAUUUGGAGAGACCAGCCACUUUAGUACGUUUGAAAGAAACAAAAAUACUCACCACAGGAGUCAACGUCCCUCCUUUGAUCGAUUUCUUCGUCAGCGUGUUGUAA